CCGAUACUUCACAAGUCAAGAUGGGUUCCGUUGCCCCCAGCUCCAAGGACCAGAGCCGCAUGAUGGACUCCGCGCAUGGCGACAAGCAGCACGCGGAGAAGGUCAAGAAGCUUGUUGAGAACAUGCGCGGCUUCCACAACGCCAUGCUGACCACGCGUCGGGCCGACAGCGGCCUCCGCACCCGUCCGAUGGCCGUGGCCCAUGUCGAUGACAACGGCGACGUCUGGUUUGCCAUGUCCUGCGAUUCGAGCAAGUGCUCCGACAUCGAGUUCGACCCGCACGUGAGCGUCUCCUUCCAGAGCAGCAGCUCCUUCAUCUCCAUCAGCGGCAAGGCCAUCAUCAACAAGGACCGCCAGAAGAUCGACGAGUUCUACACCCACGCUUGGGACGCCUUCUUCCCCAAGGGCAAGGAGUCGCCGGAGCUGUGCCUGCUGCGUGUCGAGGCCCAGACCGCCGAGAUCUGGGACAACACCCUGACCACCAAGAUCACCAUGUGGAUGGAGGCCGGCAUGAACAUGCUCAAGCGCGGCGCCACCGACGAGGCCGGGCCCCACUCGCCGAAGUCCGCCCGCCGGGGGUCCCUCGGCGAGACCGCCACCGACGGGACCUCCUCCCACAAGAUCCACGGUGCCCACGAGAAGAUCAACAUCAAGUGAGGCCGCCGGGAUUUGCGCGAGGGGCGAGGCGAGUGUGACGCCGAGAAAGAGAGGGGGGCAAUGGCCCGACGCACAUACGUACAUGCACGUGCGAGUGCGUGUGCGUGUGCGCGCGCGUGCGCGGGGACAGGCGAGCCGAGAGAAGGCGUAAGUAGGAGGGGCAGGGCGGAGGUCCAGAACCGUGGAGCCGGUUGAGCGCGCAUCGCGCCGGGCACAAGCACCACGCGGGCGCUCGCCGGGCCGGGCUCCGAGCCUCGCCUCCCUUCGCGCGCCCCCGUCCUCGCGAGACGCUGCGCGCCCUCCGCCCUCGGUUGUGGCUGCCUUGCCCAGGUUCCACGGACAAAUAUGGCUGUUUGCGCGCCUGGUUGUGUGUGUGUAUGUGUGUGCGCACACAUUUGAGAAGAAGCCCAGUGAGCCUCGCAUGCUCCAGCAGGGGGUCUCCUCCGCAUGCAGGAAGGCGUCGUUCGCCACUUGGCGGCGUGUAAUGUCCGUGUCACGCCUAAAUGCGCCUCACCAAAAAGAAAGCCCCGUGUAUUCCGAUGUGUCUCUGUUGGGGGUUUUCCUUUUCAAAUGCUUCCUGCGGUGCGGGCAAGGCGAAGGGCGGGGGGUGGCAUGGCGGAUGUGGCUCUU